AGAAUGCAUAAUUCCCACAAGCUAAGCUUUGACUUUGAACCUCAUAUCAUGAAAAAUCCCAUUUUGUACUUAUAAUAUUUUCCAUUCUUAUAAAUACACUGAUAUUAUUGCAUUCUUCAUGUACAUAUAUAUCAUUAUCAUCGUCAUCAUCAAUCUCUUUCCAUAAUCAUAUUCGUUAUAUCGGUAGACAGAUCAUCCAUGGCAAACGUUAGAGGAACAAGUAGCAAACCCGGAAGCGAAAAGAUUGAACCUUCUGCAGGUUGGUCAGACGACUCAAAUAGCCAACAUCUUCUCGUUGAUCUUCCUGGAUUCAAGACAGAGCAGGUGCAAAUACAAGUACUUAGCACUGGCAACCUAAAGGUCAGCGGAGAAAGGGUAACAUACCAGAAUAAAACUGUUAGUUUCGACCAGACCUAUAAGAUUCCAGCUGCAGAAAAUGCAGAUAUGAGCAAAAUCACAGCCAAAUUCGAUGGUGAAAUUCUUUACGUUACAAUCCCCAAGAAACCAAAAGAAGAAGAACAAAAAAAGAGAGAUGAAGAACAAAAAGAAGAAGCGACUCCGAGCUUAGAGAAGAAAAAAGACGACGUCGUCAAUGGUCUUGAAGAAAAAAAUAAUGCUACACAGCAGCAAAAACACGAAGACGAAGUAGUACCGAAAAACAAAGAAGAAAACACACAGAAAAAACUUGAGAAGGACGAAGUGAAAGACAGUGAAGCAAAAACACAACAAAAACCCAAAGACGAUGAAGUGAAAAACAAAGAAGGUGACGAGAAAAGUAGCAAGAAGGAAGAGAAAAAAUUGAAGGGAAAUGAGAUUAAGAGAUUUUCCGAAGAGGAUGUGAAGAAAUGGGAUGAUGAUGGAGAUUUUCUAAGUAAUACAGUCAAAAUAUUGAGCCAAAACAGAGGGAUUUUAUUAACGGCUGUGGUUGCAUUUUCAUUAGGGCUCUUGCUAUCCCGUAGGUUCCAAGCUGGACGUUGAUCAUGAUCACAAGUCUCUUAAUUUGAUCUCUCUGUCUCUGGAUAUUAUAUGUUCUUCUUCAUGGUGUAUAUACAUAUAUAUAUAUACACCUUUGUUUCAUGUCUUAUAUAGUUCAAACAUAUAUAUCAUAUACAUAGAAUCACCAUAUGCUUAUUUAAGCUUAAUUAUGGUAAUUAAUUUCAACUAAUAUUAAAUACUUUAUAUUUCAUUAA